AUGGAGAACGAGACGCUGAAACACCUCACAAAUGACACAACUACUCCAGAAAGCACAGCAACCAGUGGGCAGGCCAGGGUGUCCACCCAGGCCCCCCAGGCCCUGGAGGACUCGGGCCCAGUCAACAUCUGUUGCAAUCACCCUGACCCUGGACCCACUCAAACCCUUCGGAGGGUAUACCCGCAAUGUCACCCACCUGUACUCCACCAUCCUCGGCCACCAGCCUGGAGCGCUGAUGACUGUGCCCUGCAUGGUCACUGUGAGCAGGUGGUGUUCGCGGCCUGCAUGACCCUCACUGCUGCCCUUGGGGUCUUCCCUGUAACUGUGCAGCCACCACACUGUGUCCCCGACACGUACAGCAACGCCACACUCUGGUACAAGAUCUUCACAACCGCCAGAGAUGCCAACACAAAAUACGCUCAAGACUACAAUCCUUUUUGGUGUUACAAGGGCGCCAUCGGCAAAGUAUACCAUGCUUUAAAUCCCAAGUUCACGGUUAUCGUCCCAGAUGACGACCGCUCACUAACCAACCGGCACCUCAUGCACACCAGCUACUUCCUCUUCAUGAUGGUCAUAACCAUGUUUUGCUACGCUGCUAUCAAAGGCAGACCCAGCAAAUUACGUCAGAGCAAUCCCGAGUUCUGUCCUGAGAAGGUGGCUCUGGCUGAAGCCUAG